GGGAUAAAUUGGAUAUAAAAGUUUUGUAUUCAGCGUCAGACCCAAAACCGAACACACUUCAAAUCACCGAUUCACUAUAAAUCCCUAAUUUUGAAAUCGCAGCAACGGUAACGUGCAAGGGAAAUUUCGAGAUUAUCGCUUAAACCCUAACCGUCGUUCUAGAGUUCAAUUUUUUCGGCAACAUUAGGGCGUGAUGUUUACGCCACAGAGGAAGGCAUGGCCGACGGGUACGGCCACAGCCUUCACACCGCAUAGAAUUGGUGCCACGUCGUCUGCGAAGGGGAAGGCUGUUGUUAUUGCCGAUGACCCGCAUCCGCCGCCAUUGGGAUCUUUAAGUGAAGCAGGUGGUGAUGUGGUGAUGGCUGCUGGGUUGAAUUCGGGGUAUGCUGAGGAUUGGAAGAAGUUCAGGGAGGUUGGGUUGUUGGAUGAGGCGGUUAUGCAGAGGAAGGAUCAAGAAGCUAUUUUGGAGAAGGUUUCAAGGCUCGAAAGAGAGCUUUUUGAUUACCAGUACAACAUGGGGCUCCUGUUGAUUGAGAAGAAAGAGUGGAGUUCGAAGUUUGAUCGACUGAGGCAAGAACUAGCUGAAACUGAGGAGGUUCUAAAACGAGAACAAUCUUCACAUUUGAUUGCAUUAUCUGAAGUUCAGAAGCGAGAAGAAAAUUUGAGGAAAGCAUUGAGUACAGAAAAGCAGUGUGGAGCUGAUCUUGAGAGAGCUUUACGUGCAAUGCAAGAAGAAUUUGUCCAAGUCCAAACUUCCUCCCAUAUGAAGCUAGAUAAAGCAAAUGCAUUGGUGGAUGGAAUUGAAGAGAAGUCUUCAGCGGUUAACAAAAAACUCCAAGAUGCAGAAGCUAGGCUUGCUGAGGUAAACCAAAAAAAUGCUGACCUAGAUAUGAAACUGCGAGAGGUGGAGGUUCGUGAAAGUUUGCUUCAAAAGGAGCGUUUGUCAGUAGUUACAGAUCGAGAAUCAUUUGAAACAACAUUCUACAAACAAAGGGAAGAGUUGAAGGAGUGGGAGAGGAAGUUACAACAAAGGGAGGAUAUGCUAUGUGAUGGCAGGCAAAAUCUUGGUGUGAGAGAAAAGAAAACAAUUGAAACAGAGAAGAAUCUGAAGCAGAAAGAGAAAGAUCUAGAAGUGCUGGAGAAGAAUAUUGAUGUAUCAAGUUCCUUAUUAAAAGAAAAAGAAGCUGAGAUAAGUCGAAGAGUAGCGGAUGUAAAUGCAGAAGAGAAGAAAGUGGAUAAUGUGAAGGGAAUACUAGAGAUGAAAGAGAAGGAAUUGCAUGCUCUGGAAGUAAAGCUUAGUGUUAGAGAAAGAGAAGGGAUCCAAAAACUUCUUGACGAGCAAAAGGAUACUCUGGGUUUAAAGUUGCAGCAGUUUGAUCUUGAAAUGGAACAAAAGCGGAAGUCCCUCGCUGAAGAGUUUAGCGGAAAGGAAGAAGCCUUGGAGCUUAGGGAAAUCGAAGUCAACCAUAGGGAAAUGAAGGUUGGAAAAGAAGAGCAGGCUUUGAGUAAGAAGUCUGAAAGAAUAAAGGAGCAAAAUAAGGAACUUGAAACAAAGUUGAAAUCUUUGAAGGAGAAUGAAAAGACAAUGAUAAUAAAAGAGAAAGAGCUGGAGAAGGAAAAAGAGAAAUUGACUGUUGAUUGGGAGAGACUAGACAAUUUAAAUGUUGAACUUGAGAAGAUUAAAGCUGAGAUUUCUCAGCAGGAGCUGCAAAUAUGCCAAGAGACUGAGAAUUUGAAGCUUACUGAAGAGGAGAGGUCAGAGCACUCUCGUUUGCAAUUGGAACUAAAGCAGGAGAUAGAGCAUACCAGAAUGCAGAAGGAUUUGAUUAUGAAGGAAGCAGAAAACUUGAGGGAGGAGAAACUUAGGUUUGAGAAUGAAUGGGAGGUGUUGGAUAAGAGAAGAGCUGAAAUUAGUAGAGAACAACAUGAAAUUGAUAAGGAGAAAGAAAGAUUAAGAAAACUGAAAAACAGUGAAGAAGAAAGGUUGAAAAGAGAGAAGCAAGAUAUGCAAGAUCAUUUAAAGAAAGAGCUGGAAAAGCUUGAAUUGGAUAAGGAAUCGUUUAGAGAUUCAAUUAAACAAGAGGAAUUUCUUUUAUCCGAUAAAGUAAAAAAUGAAAAGGCACAAAUGCUUCAAGAUUUUGAAUGGAAGACAAGAAAUCUCGAGAAUGAAAUACAGAAAAGGCAGGAGGAGAUUGAGAAAGACCUGCAGGAAAGGGAGAGAAAAUUUCAGGAGCAGAUGGAAAGGGAGCUCAAUAAUAUUAAUAUAUUGAAGGAUGCUACUGAAAAGGAAUGGGAAGAAGUGAAGUCUGAGGAGAUCAGGUUAGCGAAUGAGAGAACCGAAUUUGAGACAAACAAGCAGCAGCUGAAGUCUGACCAACGUGAAAUGCAUGAAGAUUCUGAAAUGCUUAUGAAUCUUAGCCAGAAAGUCAAGAAAGAGCGUGAACUCCUUGUGGCUGAAAGAAAUCAGUUUCUUGCAUUUGUUGAGAAACUCAAGAAUUGCAAGGGCUGUGGGGAAGUUGUUAGGGACUUCGUUGUGUCUGAUCUUCAGUUACCUGACAAUAAAGAAAAAUGGAUUCUUCCCUUAUCUAACUCCCCUGUUUUGAAUGAUAUGCCUCUUAAGAACUCUGAGGACAAUAUAGCUGCUUCUGGCUCGAACUAUUCCGGAUCUGCAAGGCCUGUGUCUUGGCUUCGCAAAUGCACGUCCAAGGUUUUCAAAUUAUCCCCAACUAAAAAAGCAGACUCUGUCAGUACUUCCCAAGUAGCUGGGACAUCACCAGAGUCUGAUGUAAAUGUUAAUAUAGAAAAAGUUGAAGGGCCUGCAUCAUCUCCUAAUAUACAAGGACCAACAAUUACGCUUGGAGAACAACAAAUAGCAAGUGGGAUGGCUAAUCACUCGUCUGACACACCACAUCUACAAUCUGAUAACAUUGUUAAAGAGGUGGAUAACGAAUACUCUCUAUCCAUAGACGGUCACAGCUAUGUGGAUGGUUUAGUAGGCGGAGGUCCAGACGAUUCUCAACAGUCAGUCCCAAAUGUUGGUAAGCCCAGACGUGGGAGGAAAAGCAAAUCUGGAAUUGCAAGAACGCGCUCAGUGAAGGCUGUGGUUGAAGAGGCCAAGGAGUUCCUAGGUAAAACCUCAAAGGAAACAGGAAGUGCGAGUUUGCAUGAAAACAUGCACGAAGACUCCAAUCACACUGAGAAAGCUAUUGGUAAUAGUAGAAGGAAGCGGCAACGGGCACAAACUUCCACGAUUGGAGAAAGUGAACAGAAUGCUGGUGAUAGUGAAGGACACUCGGAUAGUAUCACAACUGGUGGGCGCAAAAAGAAAAGGCAAACAGCUGCUCCACCCACACAAGUCACUGGUGAGAAGCGAUACAAUCUCAGGCGGCAUAAGACUGCUGGCACAGUUUCAUCAACACAGGAUGUAUCCAAUGGAACAAAGACUGUGGAAAAAGAAGUGUCUGGUGGUACACUGGAUGUGGGUAAUAAAAACCCUGAAGCAGUAGUAGCUGAUGACAAUAUCCAAACCACAGCUCUUGUGCAGGUCUCAACAGUAAAGACUGUGGAGUUCAAAGAUGAUCGAGUUGUAAGGUUUGAAAUACCAAGAAACAUUAUUGAUGACAACGGUGCUACAACCAACUCUGUGGAUCGUGUUGAAGAAAGUGUUACACUGGAACAUGGAGAUGAAGAUGGAAGCAUAAUCAAUGAUGUUGAAAAUGUGGAGCAGGAAGAGGAAGAUGAAGAGGGAGAGGAAGAGGAGGAGGAAGAAGAGGAGGAAGAAGAGGAGGAGCCUGGUGAGAUGUCUAUUGGAAAGAAGAUCCUGAAAUUUUUCACGACAUGAUGGAAGUAUUUUUGUAUUUCUCUUCUUCAUUGUUAGAUAUACAUACAUUCUCAUUCCUUUUAAAUAGGACAUAAUCUUUAGGUUAGCUUCUAUGUUUGUUUUGACAUUUAUUAAUGACAAGAUAAGAAGCAUAAUUUUGCUUUUCUUUGUCCGUUGUCCUCGAGUAAGAUUGAUUAUACUGCUCAGGCGUGGAAGAUUUUCCAUUACAAUCAAUAAUUAAUGGCGAUAAAGUGAAAUUAAUAUUCAAUAAUUGAAUAA